GAAGUGAUAACCUUGUAAUAAUUUUGAGGGCUGAUUAUUGCUGAUAGUUUUGCCUAGUAGUUGUUAGAAAUGAGUGUUGUAUUGUCAACAUCAGUUUUCCCCUUGUGUGGUAACCUUAACCUAGAGAAUGUUCAGCACAUAACCAAGGUCCGUUUGAACCCUUGGAAAAUCUGUGAUUGUCAUAGACGACUUAAUUUUAGGAAGAAGGGGUCAAAGUUUGUAGUGAGAGAGCAGAAAAGUAAUUUUGUUGAUUUUGAUUGGGAGGAUGAGGAUGAGGAUGAGGAUGAGGAUGAGUAUGAGGAAGAAGACCAAGAUUCGCCGUGGGAAGGCGCAGUUGUGUAUAAAAGAAAUUCUUCGGUUACACAUUUGGAGUAUUGUACGACAUUAGAAAGGCUGGGGUUGGUCAAGCUCUCCACAAAGGUUUCAAAGUGUCGAGCUUCGGUAAUGGGACUGAGGGUCACAAAACAAGUCAAUGAUUAUCCUGAUGGAACUCCAGUUUUAGUUUCCUUUGAUGUCACAAGGAAGAAGCACAAGUUGAGGCUCGACGGAGUCAUAAGGACUGUCAUUGCACUCCCUUGCAACAGGUGCGGCGAACCAGCUGCAGAAAGUAUCUUUUCAAACUUUUCGCUCCUAUUGAGUGAAGAACCUAUAAAGGAACCAGAGACCCUGGAUAUGGGUAUAAUGUUUGGAGAGGACAAAUUCAAAAGUUUUGUAAACGUGGAAGAGGAAAUGGAGGAGAAUGAUGGUUGGAUACCUUUAGAAGACCAGCUGUAUUUUCCUGGUGAAGAAAAAAUGAUUGACAUUUCAAAACAAAUUAGAGAUCUGGUGCACAUUGAAAUCACCAUUAAUGCUGUGUGUGAUCCCAAGUGCAAAGGUUUGUGUCUGAAAUGUGGUGCUAAUCUUAAUGUCAGUAGGUGUAAUUGUCAUAUGCAAAAGGUAGAGGAGAAAGGUUAUGGUCCUCUUGGAGGUCUCAAGAAGCAAAUGCAGCAAACAUGAACAUUUUCUUGGUGUGUAAUACUUUUUAACCUUGAAUUGAAAGGCAUUUCCCUUUUACUUAAGUAUUUUUUAUGCCAACAAAAUUCUUUGGAUGUUGAA